CCGUGAUCCAAGCUCGACCGGCGUGGGCUUUCCGUGUCGGAUCAUAAUUCUUACUCCGGACGAACAAAGGAUAAUUAAGGUAGGCCUGCUCAGUGGCCACCUCUUAGUAGAGUCUGGUACCUGCAACAAGAAAGGUUGAAAUGACGUAACGAUAACUCGUAAACAUUUCAUCUUCAACCCGGGAGCUGCCAGAAAUCGCGACGAUGUGUCUGAAGCUUUGCUGUGCGCUGGUCGUGACGCUGCUUAGCAGCACUAUUGUUCCUGGCAGCGGAGGAGAUCUUCUCGCGUACAGCUACGCCGGCGCCCUUUCAUUCGUCCAGGCAACGAAUAUCGCCGGAUCUGCUGCAACGACGAGUACAGGCGCUACGACCGCUUCUCCACCCGCUAAUACAACUAGUACAGCGACAACCGCCAAUUCUUCUCCUUCCCAAACACAAGUCCAACCCCCAGCACCGCCCCGCCCGGCCACCGACACGAGCGAAGAGAACCUGUGGAAGCAAGUGAGCUCUCUCUGGUGGGUCUUACUCAUCGCGGCGUUCAUUCUCCUCUUUAUCUACCCGGGGCUGUGCUACGAGUUUCUCUUUUCCGACGCGGACACCAUCGAGGAAGCGAACUUGCGGGAUCAGGAGUUCAUUCUGAAAAUACUGAAACACGGACCGCCUGCGAAGUCCGACGUCGUCGCGAGAAACGACGCGGGCGAAGUGGAGGUGAAUUUCAAGCAAAUCGGCAACCGGUUUUCCAGUUGGAGUCCCGGACCGGCGGGGAGUAAUAAUCUAGGAGGUGCAGCAGGGAACAAUAAAGCGAACAGCAGUAGCGCCGGCCCGAAAAAGCCAGCGCACGGUGUGGGCGGCACGAGGCGACACUCUUUGGUCCGGAAAGACCAACCAGACCACAGCGCAGAAUCUACUGCCCGGAAGAACAGCUUCGUGACCCAGGAACGCCGGUGGUCCGAAGCGACGUUGGAGUCGAGCUACGACGGGGGUUACUGCAACGGGUUUGAGUUGUUUCAAAAUUCCGUUUUCCAGGCCACGUUUAACUACAAAAAGUCUCUGACGAAGAAAGCGGUCGCGUCGAAGAACAAAACGGCUGCGCUGAUCGCGACUGUCAGUGGGGGUGGUUUGGGCGGUUCAAGCAAAACUACGUCGAAUAAAACGCCGAACUCAAAUCUGUCCAACAAUAAGACCCCCUCGACCCUCUUCUCUUCCUUCACGAAAGCGGAGGAAGAUGCGGCUGCGAAUCUCGAAACCGCGUGCUACCACCGGAAGGCGACCAACUGGAAAUCCACCCUGGACAAGGGCUAUCCUGCGCAAAAGUACCGUACUCGUAUUGAUUGCAAAUAUGCAUGACAAAUCUCCUUCCACCUAAGGUAAAACAGCAUUACAAAUUCCCCUUUUCCUCUUGCCGAAAUUUGUGAUGCACUUUAUACUAGUACAAUAGCGAAACUUUUGCAAUGCAUAAGGGCUACAUCGCGUUCACCAAUUUCAACCCGGCAGCCCAGACUUUCACGGGCAACGGGACGGAUGAGCGGAACGGACCGUUUGACGUCAUCGGGCGGUAUGAUCAGCAGACGGGGCGGAUUUGGUGGAAGCAGAUUUUCAAACAGCGGAUCUCCAGUAGAGGGAGUUUGUUCGGACUCGGAGCGGAAGCGGCGGAUCAUGGUGCAACCGCGGAUCAGACGGGUAGAAAACUCACCAUCGACGACGGAGCGGAGCCCAGCACCCAAUCCACGGUCACCUUGAUCUGUGUCGCGGCGAAAAUCUCAACUCAAACGGGACGGACGAUCACGGGGAGGUUUAUUCCAAACGGGGGUUUGAAUCGGGGCGGGGUGAUACAUCUGUUCCGGAAACCGAUUGCCGCGGGAGAUCCGGACAAGUACAAUUCGGUAUUUAGUGUGACGGGGGUGAAAGACCUCGGAAAUAACAAUCCGAUGUUGCUGGUCGAGAACGAAAUCAACGCCGGGCGAUGUGGGCCUUCUUCGUCCCUCGACCGUAGCAUGAGCGGUUUCGGGUCUUCUUCCAGGACUCCAAGCCGGUAUUACGCCAGCGCAGUGAACCCGAUGGAAGUGGAAAGCGUGGAUAGCUACGGAGAGCAUGAAGCACAAGCAGCAAAUCCUACUAGAAAUGGACCGUCAGGAACUUCAACUUCUUCUUACAACGCCCCGCCUGGAACAACUAUGACAGGUUUCUCACCCGCCCUUUCGCAACAAUCCAAGAAGAGUUCGAAAAGCGCAGCUGGUAUGAAAUCGAACAAAACAACAACAUCAGCAACAACUCCCUCCGCCUCUGCAAAAAAGAAGAAAGAAAAAAAGCACAGCAAGAGAAGCAAGAGAGACGAGCUUGCCGCGAGCAAAACUUCAACGCUGUUUAACCGGUCGACCAGUUCGUUAGAGGAGUUUGUCACCGAUGAUCCGGUCGGGUACCGGGUGAGUACUAGUAGCAGUAAGAAGGUGUCGGAGUACGGGAUGAAAAUUUCUACGGACGUUUUUGAAGCCAGUUCGGGACACAGUCCGCUCUUCAUGGAGAAACACCGGGCAAGCAUUGUGCAGGUGUGAGGUGGAUAGAGGUGGUAGUAGGGCUGCUACUGCUAGUACAGGUCACCCAAACUUAUGAUGGAUAUGGAUUAGAUUUUCCGCAUUGAUUCGAAUUUCUUCGUACCUCUUCUCACAGAUUGAUGAAAAAAGUUUUAGCGUCAGAAGUUUGAACGAUUUGUAUGAUUGGUUGUGCCAGAGUCAGCCUCAGUAAUGGAAAAAUGCACCUAUGAUAAUGCAGCAUAGAUAGACAUAGACAAAAUUCAUGGUAACUUUUUUGGAAACAAGAAAAUCCCAAGAUGAAUUAUCGGAUCAACAUACUCGUUUUUGUCAUGGCACGCACCGCGAAGUAGUAGAGCGCAAUGUCAUCUUUGACUUGUUUUUUUGGACAAUUUCUUGCCAAGCACACGUUUCAACAUAAAGAUUUCUAUUCCUUGUUUUCCUCGAAGAUUAAUCGCACCUACGGGGGAUGAUGUUGAACUCAUUCCGUCGCAGCGUCGUGUCUUGAUGUGUUAAUGUUCCAGCUUCAUCUCAUCACCUGAAUGCUAAGGGUCGUACUAUCACCGUAAAAAAUCCAUAGGACAAGAUUCUUCUCGCGCUCGAGUCAUAACCAACUGCAGCUGGAGCAUCUUUGAUAUUGGACAAUGAUGACAGCGAGCACUCUAAUCUGCCAUCAAAUCUGUAAUUUUAUUUUCGACGACUGCGCUUGGGCUUGUUGCACGCUGCACUGAAUUAACUUAGAAAGAAAAAUGCUUCGCUGAGGACAUCAAUACAAGUGGAAUUUGCGUCUAGUAAGCAUCCAAGGCACCGAGGAGAAGUUUG